CGGUGCGUAACAUCGGGUACCGACAGAUGUCGCAAGCGUUCCAUUUAGAACUUAUCCGAAUGGGCCUCGCAAGAACUUAAUCGCGACGGCCCUUUCGAGAGCUCUAGUCACCGGGCGAAAUGAUAAGCAAUUUUGAAGCGAUUUCAUCGGAUGCUGUUCUUUUCGUGCGUGGAUUGUUAAAGGGCGUCAAAGGUAAGAGCCGUGCUGAGUACACGUGAACGAUUUUCCCGGCAAUUCUGCAGGACGUGGCGGCGAAAUCUUUCCCUCGAUUCCCACGGUAUUAUCGUCAUAAUAUGGCGUGCGGAACGAAUUCGAAUCUAAGAAAUUUCACAAAUAAAUCGACAAUUAUAUGAAUUUUCAAGACAGCUGUUCCCGAAUCUCUGCGUAGAAGUUGACGCGCUAUUCUAUAUCGGAACGGGGAAAGACAAAAAUAGGAAGGGUGAAGCUGAACGCUCGCGGAAACGCCUAGAACGAAAAUGUCCCAGCGUCCGAAAGAUGCUCCGCGCGCGUGGAACGAAAUGUAACUUUGAUUUGAAUUAUUACCUCAACACGCGCUACUUUUCGCGAAUAAUCGCGUGGGAAGUUAAAAGCUCCUGUCUAUUCGCGCAGUUUUCGCGCAAGAUGCAUGAUAGUUUCGCAGGAUAAAUAAUUCGUCGCUUUGGUGUACGUAGUAAUGAAAGAAGAGAGAGAGAGAGAGCGGACACAGCGACGCCGACUCGAGAAACAGCGAAUAAGUAGACGCGCAAAGCCGGGGGUUAGCCGCUGGUCUAGCCGGGCUGCUUCCGUAUAUUCCGGGGAUGCUGCGCGCGCGCACCGGGGGUUGCGCUCCGGUCUCAUCUCAGUUUCGCAGCCUCCCUUUCGCGGCCCGUGUCAAGUCCGCCGGCGGCUCAGCCAGAUAGGUGUGCCGUUUUCCGUGUCUCGUAGGUUGCCCCAGGUAGCCCCGUCCGUUCUCGAGCGAGCAGAGAGCGAUCUCACCGGUUCGUCAUGCUCGAGCCGUCGCUUCGCUCCGGAAGAAAAUGGAAACCGUAAUCGUGACGCAUCAAGAUUCGCCAGAAAGUUUGCCAGGAGAAUGAAUUUCGUGCACGCAAACGACAUUUAUGAUGGAUCGCAGCGCGAAUAUGGAAAAGGCGGACGAUAAAGAGGAGAGAAAGAAGCUCGAGUAAAUACAGAUGAGGCAGAUUUCGGCCGUAAAUUUUUCCAAAGCGGUUUAUCUACUUUUUUAACGUAACCAUCGGCAGCUGCCGGGGCGGAGAUAAGCGAGCGGCGAAAAUUGCAAGGGAGAGCUACGUUUGACAAUGCGAGGGAAAGAUCGAGAGAGAUUUAUCUCUCCAUCGUCAUAUGCUGUGAACGCGAGCUUCGGCCGUUGUUGCUGCGGCAAAAGUGAAACGAGAGCUUUCGACUAGUCUGCUCCUUAAAGCUCGUUCCCAGUGAAAUGGCGUGCGUGGGCGAUUGCAUGUACAUGUACAUAUAUUUGCCUGCAUAUACAUGAAAAUGUGAGGUUUGCGAUACAUUGACCCAUAAACGAGUGACUUUCCGCGCAUCCUCUGCGAUGCCUAUUAUUACCACCGCGACGUGAUCAAUUCAUUCGGAAUCGCGAUAAAUCACGCCAGAGAGAGAGAGAGAGAGAGAGACGAUGAGUUUGGCGGGAAAGAACGGAGGACGUGGAUCAUCCUUUGGUCAGUCCCGAUUCCAUCGUCCGAAUCGAUACGUCCGGCCGAAUCUCUUGGUGAUGUGAUGCAUCGGCGGACUCGAAUGAAAUGGCAGAAACGAUGACACGCAACCAUACGGCGUACGGUAAAACGACGGCGAGGAAGCUGAAUCUCACGUCGAUGCUGCCUUCCACCGUGGUCGCGGCCGCGAUUAACGCCGAGGCGACGAUUCCGACUAAUCCGUCCACAGUGGUGACGGGCGAUCCUGCAGCCGUCACUACCGUCAAACCGCACCAUCACGUCUACAAUGUGACGGGAUACCUAGUCGAGCACGACGAGCUCGAUCAUAGUAUUCUCGCCAGCUUUUCAGACAUACAAACCGUUUUACUCGCGUGCAUAUCGACGUUAUUACCGCUGAUCAUCGCCUUGGGGAUCGCCUUCGGCGUCAGGCAUGUGUGGCGAAAAUAUCGCAACGACCGGGACAGCGGGGAUGGUUUGCCUUGGUACAAGAGCGCCUGCACCCGCGAUAACGCGGUAGAAUCGCAGCGUCGUCAUUCGCAUUCCGGAAAUGUACCCGUUCAAGCCGCCACGAGGGUUCUCUCCGCGCAAGACCUGGUAAAUGGCCUAGAUGUACCCCGAUAUAUGUGUGAGACGGAGGUGAUGGAGGAUGUGAGUGUUGCCGGCGGCAUGGUGGAGUUCACCACUUCCGGUAAUCACACGAGCAAAAAUGCGAACGGGAACAUCAUCACCCUCACACUGAAAAAUAAUCAUCUUAUCGUAGAAACAGAGGAACGCGCGGUUACGAUGGAAGACAACAAACCCACGGCGAGAUAUAAAGACAGCGGAUGUUCAUUUGUGGUGGAGGUACAGCCUGAUUACGACAGGGAGGAGGUGGAAGGUAACAAGGGAUCUUCCGACGACAUGACCGCCGGCAUCACCGAUCAACAGGCGCUGGUGCACAGGGAGGAGAUACCGGACGAUAGAUCCUCAGGUUUCGAAAAUACACGAUUGUUCGGAAGCACCAAUACCGGUUUGUCCCAGUCGGAUCUGUCGAUAUCCAGUCAAGGCUCGGCCAAUCCUAGCUACCGCUACGGCAAUCAGGUCGAAUACGACUCGGGCCAUCUCGGUUAUCCUAUGUACGGCGGUAGUUACGAGUCCGACGUGCUGUCGAGGAAAUUGGAAGGACGAUCCAAGUGGGUGGAAUUUGACAAGUCUCCGGAUAUAGAAAAGACGUUGUUGGACGAUUCCAGAAACUUGACCAGCGAAGAGGACGAGGAUAAAAAUCCACAGUAUUAUGGAAAGUCCAAAAACGUGUCGUCCCUGCAAGACGUCGUGAGCGCGGUGAUACGCGAGGACUCGCUGGAGAUCAACAACUUCCCCGACGCCGUGCGGUCGAAUCCGAAUCUCCAGGUGAACGGCGCGACGCCCAACAAAUUGGAGAUCAUGGAGCAGAAGGCUCUGAGCAACGACUUCGCCGGCAAAUCGGAGAGCAAUAAGCCCGUGAUAACCGGCGCGCUGCUGAAGGACGACGUUCAGGAGGACGCGUUUCAGGAACAACAGCGGAAACUCGGUAACGGCACGCUGACGCCGGAACACAAAGAGGACAGAACGACGGAUCGCAAGCCGGAAGGCAGCGUCUUCGUGCCGAGUCACAAGCGAACCGGCAGCAUUCCGCCGCGAUUGAUCGAGGAGACGCUCGAGAUGGAUCGCAAAAAGUCUCUGGACAUCUACAACAAGUAUAGUCAAAUCAAAACGAGCACGAGGAGUAUACUCCCGAGUCUGAGCCCGAAAUUCGAGCUGCUGCAGAACGAGGUGAGUCCUAUCGAGGAGAAGGAGAGUUAAUGCGUGUGAAUGCCGGUGGAGGGAUUAUCCCUCGUCGUCGUUCGAAUCGCAACGUCCUCAGACGGAAACUGCAACGAAAGAUACUCGUCAGGGAUUGAAGAAACGCAGCGAAUACGGUUGGUGCUCUCUGUACUUGUAGGAAUUAUAUUACUUGGUAUAGCGAAUAAACACACACACACACACACACAUGCGCGUACAACAGGCCCGGGAACAUACCCGGUGAACGCGAGGCUCGGCUAUUUAAUCGCAUAGAAGACAAGGCGACAAGGAUCGUAUAUUUCGCAGACUCUCGAGUCGAAUACUCGGGGAAGGGAUCUCCGAUAAAUGAGUCUCGUGGUGGCUUUCACAUAACGAGUUAGCGUUCAAAAGGUAACCGGUUCAAUCGUCGAGGAGAAGAUGUAAUAAUAGUCACAAGGAGGUCACGCGGCAUCUUAGCGCGGUACCUCGAGCGCGCAUGACGUUCUUUACAGAGAAUGCAACGAGGAGUAUAACGUACAGUCCGAUGGAGAGCCGUGAUACGACGGUGCUUUCUUCUUACAGUUCGUAGGGACAGUCUAAAUCUCUCCCCGGAGAAGAUAGUUUCGGACACGGAAGCCUGAUGUUCGCCACGUCGACCGUUUAAUUCGCAUCGAUGGGGAGUCCUCCGCGACUCGAGCGAAACGAUCGCAGCCAACGUAACGGUGAAACACGCGGCAAUCACGAGCUAAUCAAAAGACAUCGCAGCUCUCUGAAUCUUUUUGCACCAUUUCACAUAGUGAUACUACAGAUACCGCUUGACUCGCGAUAGCGACAUAGUCAUAUAUUUCGACGGAUAGAUACUAAGAAGAAAUUUUUAAAUAUAUAAAUAUACGACACACCGGGAGGAGAGACUUCGUCUAAUUUUCUAUUUUCCAUUUUUAGGACGUGUAGUUGUAUAUUUCACGCUCGUUAUUUUACGUACCGAAGAUACAUUGAUAUUUUUCAAUUAUCACACGUGAUAAUUGUUUCACAAAUCGUUUCGACGAUCUCUAGGGAGUCGCUAAAUUAAGUUAAAUAACGCUCGCUUCGAAUUGGAAGGAAAAGGAAAUUUCUACUAGAGGUUCGGCGGAUAAAGUCAUAUAUCCGAUCACACACACGUAGCGUGUCGCGCACUAUUUUGUAAAUGGAUCUAUUGUAUGUACUGUAAACUCGUCAUCGAUCAGUUUUGAGUUGGCAGUUGCCACGAGUUUAGUGAUACUUCCGAUUCAAGCUUAAUCAAUUAGGCAUCGCUAAUUAUCGUAAUUAUCGAUAUAUUACACAUCGUAGUAAUCGUAAGUUCCUUACUAGUACUAUCUAUAAGACACGUUAUAUUUCUAAACAUUCAUAUCUAAUAAACGAGUCGGUAUACAUAUAACAAACGUUCACACACACGUGAAAAUAUAAAAGCACACACACGUACAUGCGGACAUACACAUAUACAUACACGUACGCUCGCACGUAAUGUGACGAAUUUUUUAUUAGCUUCGUAUAGACGUUUCAGGAUGUCGAAUCGACGCUUAAAACCUAACGAUUAUGUGGAUUCUAGUGCCAAAAUAGUUUCUUAAGGCGAGACGACUCGCGAGCCGACGAGCGUUUACCUAUGAAUAACUAUGUUUCGAACAGAAGAAACACUGUGUUACUAAUAUUUCAGAUUUUAUACGCUUACGUUGAAUAUAUUACAAACGUUAUCGGAUGUUGGCUUUGUGAUGCUCCGCCGUGAUACUUUACUUUACGACGGGGCGUUGUGAAAUUGGAUGCCCUUUUAACCCGUGUAUACCCAGAAUUCUUUGUGUCGACGUAAUUUUCCAACUUUCACAAAUAUCGUCACCCCCGCCACUAUUGCUACAUUUACAUCCUUUUUAUUUCCCGCAAGGGGAAUCAACUUGUUUCGAUCGUGAUGAUGAUCAUUCAAGAUUGCAUUGAUACGCAUAUAUUAAUGUGCGCAUGCAGUUUUGCAACGUGGGUCGUACAAAUGGGGCGAAACGUUGAUUAGUGAAAUUCUCUCCGUAAUAUCCAGCAUUUGAUCAUCCUUCCGAGACGACUACGUCGAACUACGAUCGGGACCACGCGCGAAAUACUUGGCCAACUGUGGCGACGUAUUACCGCGGUGCACUUUGACAGUUUUUAUCCGAAUAAAUCGAACGUCACGGUGUCUAAAUUCUUUUCGUUUGUCUCUAUUAGGGGAUUGAUUGAUUGUUACUUGUCCAAGUACUGAUUUCAAGUGGGAAAUGAAUAUCUCGCAUCACCGUCAUGUUCGGUGAAGAGCCAAGUGUCUUCGAGCGUGAUCCGCGCGCGAUUACUAUAUAUAGCGUUGGAAAGGAACCUUUCGUUUUAAUCUCGUUUCAAAAUAUAUUUAUAAGUCUCUAUUGCGAUAUAAGAUAAUUGUCGAUAGGGUGAUUUAGAAGAUUAUAUCAUAGACUUAGACACGAGCGAACUAUUAGAGAAACGCGAAAGUAGAAAUCGCCCAAGUCCAUGAUGCAAGAUUGAGCUGAAACGGGAGAGGAGAAAUGUUACGGGAGUUACACUCAAUUUCCACAUAAUAUAAGAUUAUUGCGUUAUUAUUGUUGAACGUUUAAGAACAUUAAGAAUUUGCCGUAUUCUUUAAAUAAAAGAAUGGUAUAUGAGCUUUCAUACGGUCAGAACGGCGUCGUCAGAUUGUUUGUUUAUAUAAAUUUAAAAAAAAAAAGGUAUUCCUCUUAACGUAAUAUAGUUUUGAAUUUCGCACCUAGAGAAAAUGCUACAUUCCGCAUAAUAUCUCACACUUAUUGCAUUUUAACGCGCCAGCAGAUCAUAUUCGUUUUUUAUCAAUUGACUAAUGUGUGGGAGAUGCUUUGUAACUUUAUCAUUUUCGAUCUCACAUAUUUCACCCUUCAAAAUUGUCUCUCGUCCCCUGCUACUUGUAUAAAAGUAUUAAAUAAAAUUGAUCUUCGUCAGCGCCCGACGAUUUAAUAUGAUUUUACGCAAUGUGUACACACACAAUUCCUUUUGCAACGGAGGACAGUACAAUCUGUUCGUGUGAAAGUACUGGACGAUGUUCGAUCGUAUAGAUCUCUAUAUAUUCUUUUCGAGAGUAAAAAGUCGGAGAUGAGAUAAGACGAUAAGAAGUGAUGAUAAGCGACAUAAACAAGCGCGAGAAACUUUUCUUAUGUGAUGAAUACAAAUUUGGACCCGCUAAGACACGCGUCCGUCCUUCUGUGCUGUACGUCGUAAAUGAUUGCAACAAUUAAUCCUCUCACGAGCUAUCUAAUCGAUCACUGAUUCGCUAAAUCGUAUAACAAUUGUCUCGAACGUAAGUUCGCGUGCUUUUUAUGAAAAAAAUCUCUAUAUAUAUAUACACAUAUAUAUAAUUCCAUGUGAUACAACAAUUUCCCCUCGACGAGUUUACGUAACAUAUUUGAUUUGAUAAUAAAUAUGAAAGGUCACGUUUUUACGAGCAUCCUCAUUGCACGUGAGAGGAUUAAUAUAAAGACUUUAACAUAAUGCGUAAGAAAAAUCGAUGAAGAUAUAGCGAGAGCGAUGAGAGCGUAAGCUUCAACGCUGCGAUGGCUGUUUUAAUAUUUUAUAAGGUGCAAGAGCUAAGUCGAAAUCUGCAGUUUCUAUCUUGCUGAUCUCCUGUUAUGUUUAUUUUUUCAAGAUAAUUGACAAGUCGAGAGUAAUGUCUAAUCGCUGUGCUCAUUGAAUGUAAUGUUGACGCGACACAUGCGGAAAGAGAGAGAGAGAGAGAGAGAGAGAGAGAUUUCUUACAGAUAUAUUAAUUUCUAUGUGCAACUCUAAACUCAUCCCAUUGUAUAUGUCAACUUAUUUUGCAAAAUAAACUAUUGGGCACGAAUAA